AUGCCGGGUACCAUUCAGACGCAGCAAACUGCUCCUGAGGCGCCACAAUGCCGCGGAAUCUACCAUCUUACCCACCCGCGCUCGGCAUCCAAUCUCUUUCAAACCAUGAUGGCCAAGCAGCCUGGCUUCGAGGCCUCAAGCUACAAACUUUUUGAGGCUGGAGUCAGGAUCUUCUUUGAUGUCGAAAAAGGGCCGUUGAGUACAUGGCCCGAGGAGGAGAGGAAGGAAUUGCAGGAGAAUUUCCAGAAGGCGUUUGACGAGAUGCAGGACGAGAUGGAAGAAGCCGAGAAGAAGGGAAAGCGAGUCCUGUUCAAGGAGCACGCGACGUACAUGUGCGCGACGGACAAACUGAUGCGCCGCGUCUACGAAGAUGACGAGACAGAGCCCAUGAUCCUGCGGCAGCGCGGCGCCAGUCUCAAGGCCGCCUACACCAACCCGACGUCGCUCCCGGACGAUUUUCUGCUGUCGCUGCAGCCCAUCUUCCAGAUCCGCAACCCGGUGCUCAUGUUCCCGUCGCUGGUGCGCGCGCAGACCGACAUGAAGAUGGGCGGCGCGCGGUCGGCACUGGCCAAGAUCGGGCUGACGCUGGAGCCGCAGCGCGCGCUUUACGACUGGUAUCUGGAGCGGUCGCGCGACACAAAUAUCAUUCCGCGCGUUAUUGAUGCUGACGACGUCAUGAAUGAGCCGGAGACGGUGCGCCGCUUGUGUCUGCAGACGGGGCUUGAUCCCGAUGCCGUGGUGUAUGAGUGGGAGACGCGCCACUAUGACAAUCCGCUCAAGGCGCGCUUCUUCUCGACUAUUGGCAGUAGCAGGGGCAUUAUCCCGGGGCUGGAUGCCAAGGGCAAGAGUGUGCAGACGGAGAUGGAGAAGUGGGUCAAGGAGUUUGGACAGGAGGAUGCGGAUGGACUGGCAAAGCGUGUGCGUGAUGCUAUGCCCGAUUAUGAGUAUUUGUAUAGUCGCAGGACAGUGGCGGACUACGCAAGAGGUACUAUGGUCACGGAAGCACUUGCUUACUGA